AUGGGUGAUUUCAAUACUGUUCGACUUAGCUCUGAAAGGCUAGUGGGUUUUGAUUCAUUAGCCGCUUUAGAAUUUAAUCAAUGCCUUACAGAUAUUUGUCAAGAUGACCUCCCCAUUAAGGGGUUCUGGUAUACUUGGACAAACAAAAGGGGUGGAGCAGGGGAUAAUAAGAGUAAGUUGGAUCGAGUUCUUUCUAAUCUUGAAUGGCUUGAUUCUUUUCCACAUGUUGAAGCAGUAUUCUUACCUCCAGGCAUAUCUGAUCACUGCCUUAUUUUUGUUACUAUGGUCCCCUCAACUGGAGGAAGGAAGCCUUUUAAAUUUUUUAACUUUUGGUUGCAACAUCCUCAGUUUCAACAGAUUUUUGUGUCUUCUUGGAGUGAGGAAGUGGAAGGUACCGCAAUGUAUGCAUUGACUGCUAAGCUGAAGAGGUUAAAGGGUCUAUGCCAGCAAGAAAAAGAGCUCGUAGGCAAGUAUGUGGAGUUAAGGACUGCUAAGGAGUCCUUCAUGCGACAAAGGUCUAGGAUCAAAUGGUUGGCUUUGGGUGAUCAAAACACCAAGUUUUUCUACCAAAAGGUAUGUGCCCGUAGAGCAAGAAACACUAUUCUUAGCUUAAAUGAUGCCAAUGGAAACAGAGUUGACGACCCUGAAGUAGUAAAAAAGCUUAUCCUUGACUACUACAUUAGACUUUUAGGGUCAGCUCAUGAUGGUAGAGUGGAUGCAACAGAUCAAUUGCAGCUUGCUAUCACUAAUAGGAUUUCUGCUACAGAACAACUCAUGCUGGUUCAACCUGUCACUGGAGAGGAAAUUAAGAAAGCAUUGUGGUCUAUACAUGGGGAUAAAGCUCUAGGGCCAGAUGGCUACAAUUCUAUGUUUUACCAGAAGAAUUGGUCGGUGGUGGGUCCUAGUCUAACUGCUACAGUUUCAGCUUUCUUCAAUAUUGGAUUCUUGUUAAAGGAAUGGAACACUACUGCAGUCUCUUUAAUUCCCAAGGUGAAUGCCCCUCUGAGUGCUAAAGACUUUAGGCCUAUUUCCUAUUGCAAUGUUACACUUAAAUGUGUUACUAAAGUCUUAGCAAAUCACUUACAAGCCGUUCUUCCUACAAUCAUAAACAAGUCCCAAGCUGCCUUUAUUAAAGGCAGAUCUAUCAUCGAUAAUGUGCUUCUUAUGCAAGAGUUAGUGAGAGGGUAUCAUAGAGAUAAUAUCCACUGGGUCCGUCAAUGUGUUACAACAGUUAGAUACUCAGUGGUGAUAAUGGGUCUUUGGAGGGAUUCUUUCAAGGUCAAAGAGUUUACCUAUCAUCCCAGAUGUAAUGAGAUUAAUCUUCACCAUCUAGUGUUUGCUGAUGAUCUAUUUGUUCUUUGUGGUGCUACUGGUCCUUCAUUCUCCCUUAUUAACCAGUUGCUCAAGGAUUUUCAUGACUAUUCUGGUCUUCAACGAAAUAUGGCUAAGAGCUCUACUUUUUUUGCCGGGGUUUCUGAGGAUAUUAAGAGGGGUUCCCCUCAUCUCUACCAGGUAAGAGCUGCUGAUUGUCUUGUGCUUAAAGAAAAGAUACUUAGUCAACUUCAUGGGUGGUCCCACAUGCGUUUGACAUAUGGAGGGAGAGCUCAGCUAAUUCAGUCUGUUUUGUUUAGUAUUCAAGUUUACUGGAGUUCUAUCUUCAACAUCCCUAGUAAAACGAUAAAGGAGAUUGAGGGUACUCUCAUGGCAUUUCUCUGGUCAGGUUUUGACAUGAAUCACAAAUCAGCUAAGGUUAAAUGGGAGCAUGCAGACACCCUUUGGGUAAAAUGGAUUCAUACCUAUAUUAUAAAAGAUCAGAAUAUCUGGACAAUGAAGACUCCCAGUGAUGCUUCAUGGACCAUCAGGAAAUUGUUUGGCAUUAGGGGCUUGGGGCAACUUUUGAUCCAAUAUAGGAUUGGCAAUGAUGCAGGGGCUAUCUUAUGGUAUACUCCCAGUACUCUAAAGCCAGAUAGUUCGAGGGAGGAUUAUGUUGUUUGGGUCCCUCAUCCUAGUGGCCAUUAUUCUGUUGCCUCUGCAUGGGAAACACUUCGAAUCAGAAGGCCAAACCCUCAUUGGGUAGCAAUUGUCUGGUCCAAACAAAUGGUCCCUCGAUGGGCCUUUGUAUUAUGGUUGGCCGUUCAAACCAAGCUGUGUACUAAGGACGGGUUAGCUAACUGGGGAAUGCAGCAGCAAGUUCUCGUGAGGACUUUGGCGCCAGGCAUUCCUAACACCCUCAUGGACAUUGUGGACUGGCUUGUCCAGUAUGGGACGUCCAAGGUUUUUAAGAAUUUAGUGUUACAUAGUACCUUAGCAGCUGCAGUGUUUGGUAUUUGGAUUGAGAGGAAUACUAAAGUGUUUCAAGGCCUUUCCAAACAGACAGUAGAUAUCUUAAAAGUAGUUUGUGUUUCCUACGGGGAUGCCCCUAUUAUAUCUGUAGUGUUCAUACUGGAGGAAUGCCCUUUUUAG